AUGUCGGAUCACCAAGAUGGCCCCGGCGGGCCGUCGCCGCCGCCCCUCGUCCAGGAAACAGUCACUCACAUGUCCUCUAGACACAUCAACGGCCGCAAGAACAGUCCCUCCGACGACGUCGAGGCUGACAGCGAGCUGAGCGAGCCGGAUAGCAACCUGCACUCACCCCCGGCCACAGGCCUGGAGGACGAAAUCGUAGUUGGCGCAAAGGCCGACCGCCCUCACAAGACGUCGCCUCUGCGUGUCGUUUCCAUGGACCAAGACCAUGUCAUGGAAGAUGUUCGAGAUGAGUCGUCGACCGGCUCCCACUAUCCCAAACGCAAGCGCACGUCCCUCUAUAACGACCUGAGCGAGACCAAGAUGGAGAUUUCCCAGGCCCAGCCCGUCAUCGACACUAGAUCGCCUCCUUUGUCGAGAGACGGCAAGUCGAAGCCGAACCGCCAGAGCUUGACUGGCGUUAAGGGCGUUCUCCUCGGUCACUGGAGAGACUCGACCGUCCCUGACGAGAGCAGGAAGCACGCUGUGAUUGGCUUCAUCGACGUCCGCGAUCGUCUGCGCACCCGCGUCCAGCCUCAGACCAAGGAAGGCGAGUCUUUGACCGAAACCUACCCUCUACCUCCGGGUCCUGGGGGCAGCUGGGUGACGUUUGAGCGCGUCGUCUUCUCCGAUCACCUUGUCGGCCUGGACCACUUCCACAUCAAGGAGUACACUCGCCUCCGUUCCGUCGUUGCGCCCGAGGAGACCGAGGAGGAGCGAAAGGUGGCCGAGGUCGAAGCCGUCAGAGAAGCCGUCCGUCGCGUCAAGGAAAACCCGGCGACGGACAACCCCACGGCCGCGCCGGCCAUUGCGUACGGCACCGACAUCCCCGAGCACCUCGCCACCCCUAAUCGCCCCGACGGCAAGAGACGCAAGACCCCCCCCCAGCCUAUGGCCGCUCACCAAACCCGCUUUUCUAUCGACCCCCUCCCUGGCACUCGCCCAACACGUAUCCUCAUCGGAUACUGGAAACCAUCGAGCGAGGCCCACCCGAGGGAUCGCCAUGCGGUGUACGGCAUCCUUGGCCAAAACGAUAUGUUCCGGGUUAAGGUGUAUCAGCUGGAUCACGGCGAGACGGACGCAGACCGAAUCGACAACGAAACAAAGGCCGUCUACGAGGCGCAGACCCGUGCCGGUUCCCUCUUCAAGCAGCCCAACAAUGUCACCGUGCCAACCUUCAGCGCCGCCCCCACGCCCGAUGCCGGCGUGGACCGGCCCGCCUCGAGGCUUGGUCACGGCGGCCACGAACUGCGCCAGUCACGUCGCAUUGAGCCCCGACCGGACGGGCGCACGCUGCGGCAGGCCCUGACCGAGAGUGAGCUCCGCUCGGCCCAACGGAUGCAGGGCGUCGAGGCCGCGGAGCGCACGAGCGCCCUGGCACGCCGUGAGAUUGCCCGGGCCGAGGCGGCGCAGGGUCGUGCCGACCGCAAGGCUCUCACCCGAGAGCGUGCCGUGGCCGCCGCCACGGAUGCUGUUACUGCCGCUGCCGCUGCCGCCGCCGCCGCCGCUGCGCCCGUUCCCUCGACCAACGGCCGGGCCCUCUUCCACGAGUCGGAGGAGAUGCAGCGCCUGAAUAAGGUCUGGGCGCGGCAGGAGUCUCUCCGCUUGAAGGGCGGCGCCGAGGACGCCAAGAUGUACGACGGCGUCAAAUACGAGCGCAAGCCGACUGGGCCCUUUAUGGGGAAGCUUGUGUCGCAGGGCACCAUUAUCAACAUUGAUGGCGAAGACUACGUCGAGUACCGCGUCCUGACCAAGCCGUCGUUCUUUUAG